CGCUUCCGCCGCCGCCGCCAUGGGCGUCCCGGGGCUGACGGGCUUCGUGGAGGAGCGCGGUUCGUUCUUCGCGGAGUUGCGGGUGCGGGACACCAAGCUGGUGAUCGACGGCAGCAGCCUCUACUACCACCUCUUCUUCGCCUCCGCCGCCGAUUUCCGCCGCGGCGGCGAUUACGGCCCGUUCGCGGCGGCCGCGGACGACUUCUUCGCCGUUCUGCGCUCCUGCGCCGUGGCCGCCUUCGUGGUGCUGGACGGCGGGCGCGGGGCGGCCGACAGGAAGCUGGGCACGCUGCGGGAGCGCGCCGCCGAGCGCUUGCGCGCGGCCCACGGGCUGUCCCGCGGGGAGGGCGGCCGCGCGCUGCCGCUGUUGGCGCGCCACGCCUUCGUGCAGGUGCUGCGCCGGGCGGCGGUGCCCUUCGUGCAGUGCUGGGCCGAGGCCGACCGCGAGGUCGCGGCUCUGGCCAACCGCUGGAGCUGCCCCGUGCUGUCCCUCGACAGCGACUUCUUCAUCUUCCCGCUGGCGGGCGGAUACCUCCCGCUGAGCGCCUUCCGCUGGCGGGACGUCCGCACCGAGCGUUCGGGCCGCUACAUCCCCGCGCGGCGCUUCGAGGCGGAGAGCUUCUGCCGGCACUUCGGGCGGCUGAGGAGCAGCGCGCUGCCGCUGUUCGCCGUCGUAAGCGGCAACGACUACGUAGACGCGGCGGCGUUCGAGGGCUUCUUCGGCAGGGUGCGGCUGCCCGGGAAGCACGGCCGCGCGCGGGGGCUGCUCGGCUGGCUGGCGGGCUUCGCGGGGCCCGAGGAGGCGGCGGACGCCGUGCUGAAGCACGUGGGCGGGCGGCGGAGGGACGCGGUGAGGGAGCUGCUGCGCCAGGCCCUGCGGGACUACGCGCCGUCCGACGUGAACCUCGAGGAGUUCUUCGCGGAGGGCCGUUACCGCUGCGAGGAGGACGAGGCCUCGGGGCUGCCGCCGUGGCUGCUGGGCGCCUUGGCCAGAGGCGAGCUGGCUCCGCUCGUCGCAAACGUCCUGACUCUGAGGAGCACCUUCCUCCACGUCCAGGUGGAGGACAUGCGGCGGCCCAGCGCGCAUAGCGCCGCGCUGCCCAUCCGGCGGGUUCUGUACGGCCUGCUGCUGCUGCACGCGGCUCCCGGCGCCGACGCGCGGCGUGAGGCACGGAGCGGCGCGCUGCCGGCCGUCUGCGAGUUCGACCGAGUGCAGAAGUCAAUUAAAAAGACGUUUGUCCAAGCGGCGAGACUCCCCGCGCCUUUUGGCGAUGAUGGCUUCUCUCUAGACGGGUUAGUGCAGGUGCCAAUGUCACACCGUCAGCUACUUCUGCUGGAGACUUUAGGAGUGAAAAUGAGUUUGCUAGAAUCUGUCCCUGCCCACUUACAGCUCCCUGUUGCUGUAACCUGUUACUGGACGCGUUGUUCGGAACCUAAAGUGAACUUGCAUCACGUAAAGGCUCUACUUCUAAUGAUAGUAGCUGGAGAACUGCACAGGAUAACAAAUGAGCCAGAUCUCACAGUUCUCCACCCAGAAGACAACAGACUUGCUUUUAACGAAUUUCUAAAAUGGAAGGAAGAGAAACUGCAAAAUAAAGACUUUGAUUUAGAUGCUGCACAUGGCUUUUGCCAGUGGCAGUGCUGUCUUGAGAUGGGAUUGUAUCUCAACCAGCUACUCUGCAGUCCUCUCCCUGAGCCAGACUUAGCUAGGCUCUACAGUGGGACCCUCGUGCAUGGACUGUAUCAAGAGCUUAAGUCAACACCCUCAGUGGAAAAUCUGUUCAGUUCUUCUCCAAAAAUGACUGAGUUUUAUCAGGUUCUGUUGAAUAUAGUCAUAUCAACUGUAUCUCCAGACUUCUUUCAGAAGAAAACAGAGGCCAAAUCUGAGUCCUGCAAAAAGAAAAAAGCAUCUAAAAAGACAAAGGCUGUCAGGUGUGCUGUGUCUGAAACUCAGCGUUUACGUGAUGUUAAUAGGUUUGCAUCACUCAGUGUGGAUGACUGAGAGCAUUAUUCCUAUAAUAAUUUCCAGUGUCACAGAGACAGAAGAAAUUAUAUUUAAAAUGUGACUGUAUUGGAAUUUGCUUGGCUGUUUUCAUACAAGCUCCUGAUAUUUAUUUUUUUACCAAUGAGUCUCCCUCCAGGAUUUAGUAUUUUUGUAACAAAGGCUCCUAUAAAAGAGGUGCUGCAUACAACA